AUGGACCUGGCUGGGGUUGUGGCAGGGCCUGGCCGGGCACGUGGAGCCAGCAGCCCCCCCCCAACCCCGGACAGGGGCCCCCUCCCUGGUGGGCGCAGGCACGAGUGGCAGCCUUCACACACAUUGCCACAGCCAGGCUGUCGUGCAGACAACCGCUGUGCUAUGGAAUUCGAUGUGCUAGCCUCACCCAGCCAUUCACUGAGCUUCUUUCGGCCUCCCCUCCUGCCCGCCUUGACCCGCGCCAAAGGGGGGAACUUGCCGCCCCCUCCAGCCCUCCCUGCUGUCUGGAAAAUGGGCCUGAACUCCCCGUGGGAGGAAGAAAGGCCGCAGGGCCCGCGUGCCGUGGAGAGCCCUUCCCAUCCUGGGGUGGGGGUGGGGGUGGCCUCAGUGGCCUGGCGUGGAAUGGGGUCCCACUUUGCUGCUGCCUGGGGGGGGGGGGAGCUUUCCCCAGGCGCGCCCCACCCCGCGCCCCGAGAGCCCGGCGUCCGAUUGCAGUGGGUGGGCGCAGGCGUGGCGGGGAGAGGGGCCUCGGGCCCCUGCGAGGUCUCCGGCGGGCGCGUGGGGUCCCCGCACGCCGCAGAUGCUCAUUACGAUUCCUGGGCCGUGCAACACGUGGGGGCCGGGGCCGGGCGUCCCUAUCUCCCGGCAUUAUCUGCCGUCCCAAGCAUUUUCUUUGAGAGGAAAAUGGAAACGCAGCUGCGCCGUGGGCCCGGCCAGCGCGAGCCCCUUCCCCCCCCGCCCCCCCCCCCCUGCCCCGCGCCCGCCGUCGCCCCGCGGCUCCGGGGAAACUCCGCCGGGCUGGGCGGGCCCCGACGUGGGCCGGGCCGCGCGGACUCGCCUUUGUGCGGCUCGGCUCCUCUCCAGAGCCGUGGGGUGGGAAGGAUCGCCGGGGUCCGCGGCGAGCCGGGCGCUGAGCCUCGGGCUCGGGGGGGGGGGGGGGCGGCGAGGGUCCCCCCGCCAGGCUCCGCCGCUCGGGCAACUUGUGCCCCGUGCGCCCCGGCCUCCGGCCCGCGGGGCUCGGCAGGUGCCUCGCCGAGCGCGGCGCUGGGGGGCGCAGGCCUGGGGGGGGGGGCGCAGCGGUGCUCGCCGAGCCCAACUUGGGGCUCGUGGGGAGGGCGAGGCGACCUUAGCCCCCCAGGCUGCGGUGGGCGCCCGGGCCUGGGCGCGCGGCGAGGGCACCGGACAGGGCGCCGCGGGGGAGACCGUGAGCAGCGAGGCGGGGCGCCCUGUGCAUGCGCCCCACGGGCGGGCGGCGGGCCUCCGAGACUGCGCCCCGCAGCGCGCAACUCGGCUGCGGCUCUCCAGCGGAAGGGAGAGGAGAAAGUGGGGCCAUCGGGGCGUCCUGGCAGGGGCAGGGGGUCCCCUCCAGUCCCGCCAUCGCACCCCCCAGCUCUGCGAGUCUCCUUCCCGGUUCCCGCUCCCCCCCCCACCCCCGCGCCCCCGAGGGCAGACCGAGGGGCGCUGGGCAGAAGUCCCGGGGACCCCAGCCCGGCAAAUAAAUGCACGAAUUCGCAGCGUCCGCUCGAUCGUGCCCGCCAGUGGACCCCCUUUCCACGGGGGGCAGAGGAGUGGGGCAUCGGGGCACACCCCGAUCUUCCCCGCAAGACCCACCGGCUCCACCGCCCAAGUUGGCCCGGCCCGGCGGCGGGCGCGCGGGGAGCAGCCGAGCCCUUUCUUCCGGGGGAGCCAACUCUCCAUUGUACCGAAGCGGCGCCCCGGGUCCCCGCCGCCGCCGCCGCCGCGCCCGGCCCCGCGGCCCGCGAACUCGCAAGUUCUCCACGAGUGCAAGUUGCGGCGGGCGAGGCCGGCGAGGCGCGCGGCGCGGGGGACUCAGGGCCCCCGAGGGGUCCCGGCCGGGCGCGGAGGCGGGGCGCCCCGCUCGCACCCCCCCCCCCCGCCCCCGCGGGCGCCGGGCCAGGUCGCUGCCAGCCCGCCGGGAUGCGGGCGAUUGCUCGAGAGAAAGCGCGCCCCGGCCCGGCGCUUUGGGUCGGAACCCCGGCCAAGUGCUCGCCGAGCCUCCGGGCGGGCGGGCGCAUCCUUCCUCCGCCGCCCCCUCCCCUCCUUCCCUCCGCGGGGCUCGCGCGGCGCCGCCGGAGCAGCCAGUGA